UAAGAAUAAUAAUGUCUCUUCCCUGCAGACUGUAGUGCGAACACAGUUCCAUUUCUACUGGGCAGAUGGAAUGGAAGCAGCAGAAAGCUUCGUUUUAGUCUUUUCUCUGCAAACUCUCUGAUUCUGAUAAUCUUAAUGCCUCGUUCAUAACACAAUUCUCUUUCUCUGCAAACUCCAAUGUCGCGUUCUGUUACUGUUUUUCUUCUCAUCUUUUGCUGUUUCCGCUGCGCAUUUGCCGCCGAGGAGGAACUCCGUUCACUCUUGGAGUUCAGGAAGGGGAUAAAAUCGGAUCCAUUGGGGAAAAUCUUGGCCUCAUGGAACCUCACCCUUCUCUCCGAUCUCUCCUCGUGCCCCGACAUGUUCUACGGCGUCGUUUGCGACUCCGCCUCCGGUUCCGUCUCCGCCAUUGCCCUCGACCGCCUCGGCUUAGCCGGUGACUUGAGGUUCUCCACGCUCACUGGGCUUAAGCACCUCAGAAACCUUAGCCUUUCGGGUAAUUCAUUCACGGGUCGGGUCGUACCCGCCAUAGGUUACAUGACCUCCCUCCAGUACUUGGAUCUCUCCGGGAACCAGUUCUACGGGCCUGUCCCCGCCCGCCUUAAUGAUCUCUGGGGUUUGAAUUAUCUUAACUUGUCCAGUAACAAUUUCUCCGGCGGCUUUCCGAGCGGAAUUUGGAAUUUGCAGCAGCUUAGAGUGCUUGAUUUGCAUUCCAAUAGGCUCUGGGGCGAUGUGCAGGAGCUCUUCUCUCAGCUCAGGAAUGUGGAACAUCUCGAUCUGAGUCACAAUUCCUUUUACGGCUCCCUCUCAAUGAGUCAAGAUCAUUUAUCUAGCUUCGCUAACACACUGCAUUACAUGAACUUAAGCCACAACAAAUUGGCCGGGGGGUUCUUCACUGAAGAAUCGAUGCAGAUGUUUCGGAAUUUGCAGGUUCUGGAUUUGGGGAACAACGGAUUAAUGGGGCAGCUUCCUUCUUUCACCUCAUUGCCGAAUCUAAAGGUGUUAAGGCUUGCACAUAAUCAGCUGUACGGUUCAAUUCCAGAGGAGCUUCUGCAUGGAUGGGUAUCAUUGGAGGAACUGGAUCUCAGUGGCAAUGGCUUCUCAGGUUCGGUUGAGAAAGUAAAUUCAACAACUUUGAGGGCAUUAAAUCUUUCGUCGAAUUUCCUGUCAGGUUCACUCCCUUCUUCUAUAGGGAAUUGUUUGAUGGUUGACUUAAGCAGUAAUGAGUUCUCUGGUAACAUAUCAGUUAUACAGAGCUGGGAAGCCAGUCUUGAGUUUGUGGAUUUGAGCUCAAACAAAUUGAGUGGAACCCUUCCUAAUUUGACUUCUCAAUUCCAACAAUUGACUUUUCUCUCUAUCAGAAAUAAUUCUCUUAGGGGAGCUUUACCUUCUACAUUGAUGACCUUUCCAAGGCUGGCAAUGCUUGAUCUCAGUGUCAAUGAACUUGAAGGACAGAUCCCAUAUUUCGCUUCUUCGACCUUGAUAAACCUCAAUUUGUCUGGGAAUCAUUUGACAGGAUCGAUUCCUCUUGAAGGCAUGCAUACUACUGAACUACAAGUCCGUCUAUCAUAUCCUCAGAUGGAGUCUCUUGAUCUUUCAAGUAAUUCCUUGACUGGUAUUUUACCUCCUGAAAUAAGUAAUUUGGGGAGGCUCAAACUGCUAAAUCUUGGAGAAAAUCAGUUAUCUGGAGAGCUUCCUUCUGAAUUGAGUAAGCUUCAUGGUUUAGAAUACCUUGAUUUCUCCAACAAUGAUUUCAAAGGUCGGAUCCCUGAAAAUCUUUCUUCGAAUCUCAGAGUGUUCAUCGUGUCCUACAAUGAUUUAAGUGGAACAGUCCCUGAAAACUUGAGAACAUUUCCUUAUACUUCAUUUCAUCCUGGAAACUCGUUGCUUAUAGUGCCAAGCAACAUGCCAUCUGGUAGUCCUCCUGGCAUUUCUGGUUCAGUACAUGGUGUUGGUCAGAAUCACAGCUCCAAAUCAAAUGUAAGGGUAGCAGUUAUUGUUGCUUCAAUUGGAUUCUCCGUAAUGGUUGCCUUUAUUCUAUUUGCAUAUGCUCGAACUCGACCUCAAAACUUUCGAUCCCGAAGUGCAUUUAGCAACCAAUCUCCCAGUAGAGAUGUGAGGCUAGGCAUAUUUAACCGGCCUUCACUCCUCAAAUUCCGCAGCAGCUCAGAGCAAGCUCCUACUUCAAGAUCAUUGUUGGGGAAAACAGAGUCUAGCACACUAGAUACUCAUCCUGCAACGACAUCUGGACAAAGGCUUUCCCCAGGUUCCCCGAUAGCUUCCUCCCCUAGUUUUAUCCAUGCCUCGAUUGAACAACCUGCGAGGUUGGAUGUCUACUCACCUGAUCGUUUGGCUGGUGAAAUGUUCUUCAUGGAUGGAUCGCUAACAUUUACAGCUGAGGAAUUAGCUCGAGCUCCUGCUGAAGUUCUUGGUAGAAGUAACCACGGUACUUUAUAUAAAGCUACCCUAGAUAAUGGGGUUGUGCUGACUGUGAAGUGGCUGCGUGUGGGGUUAGUUAAAAACAAGAAAGAAUUCGCAAGGGAAGUUAAAAAGAUUGGAUCAGUACGACAUCCAAACGCUGUUCCUUUAAGAGCUUAUUACUGGGGUCCAAGAGAACAAGAGAGAUUGAUAUUAGCAGACUACAUACCAGGCGAUAGCUUAGCCUUACAUCUAUAUGAGACAACACCUCGCAGGAAUUCCCCGCUAUCCUUCCACCAAAGGUUGAAAGUUGGUGUUGAGGUUGCCCGGUGUCUGGCAUAUCUGCAUGAGAGCGGCCUGCCUCAUGGAAACUUAAAGCCUACGAAUAUAAUACUGUCGGGUGGUGAUUACAGGGCGUGUGUCAUGGACUAUGCGUUCCACCGCCUGAUGACCGGGGCUGGCAUUGCAGAGCAAAUACUACACCAGGGGGCUCUCGGAUACCGCGCCCCUGAACUAGCAACUGCAGCAAAGCCUAUGCCUUCUUUCAAGGCUGAUGUGUAUGCUUUUGGUGUGAUUCUGAUGGAGCUGUUGACCAGAAGAAGCGCGGGUGACAUAAUCUCCGGGCAGUCGGGUGCUGUAGAUCUUACAGACUGGGUUCGGCUGUGUGAUCGAGAGGGUAGGGGAAUGGACUGCAUUGACUUAGACAUUGUUGGUGGGGAAGAACACUCCACAGCCAUGGAUGAAUUGCUCUCAAUAUCUUUAAGCUGUAUUCUUCCGGUAAAUCAAAGGCCUAACAUCAGACAAGUCCUUGAAAAUCUUACUUCCAUUUUUGUGUGAA